AUGGAUGUACAAGCGGUCGAACAUGCCAUUCAUCACUCUGCUUUAGCAUCAGUAGAUUCGAAACAUGAUAGUAGUGGAAAAUCAAUGUCAGUGUUAAAACGGUUCAUAGCAGUGCGAGGAUUGAUGGAAGAAGUUCAAAGAUCACAAGGUAAUGAGCCAGUGUCUUCCCAGCUGACAGCCGAAAUGUUGUCGCAAAACUACACGAGGCAACGAUUUGGAAAGAAAUCAAGAGCGCAACGAGAUGCACUUGCAUUUUCAUCUAAUGAUUACGAAAACAGUGUGGACACUAAUAGGACUAUUAAGCGGCGACAGGAGUUUGUAAACAUACACAAGGAUGAACAGGAGGUUAAUGAUGCGUAUUAUAAGGAAAUACGAACACUAAUGUACAAACGGGAGUCACUGGAUAAACCUGUGUGUGAUCUUAUGAAGAACCGACUUGAGUAUCAAGAAAGAUUGCGGGCUUUGACGAAGAGAGCUUAA